AUGGCUUGUGUUAAAUUCAAAGUUAACGGAACUGACUGUUCAGUUGGGUCUGACGUGUCUUCCACCACGUCCUUGCUGGAGUAUCUCCGGAGGCACCUCGAGCUGCGCGGCACCAAGUUUAUGUGUUUGGAAGGUGGUUGCGGGGCCUGCAUCGUCAGCGCCGUCAAGUGCCCAGGACAACCCCCACAGGCUGUCAAUUCUUGCUUGGUGUCAGUUACAUCAUGUCACGGAUGGGACAUUACAACCAUUGAAAAUGUUGGGAAUCGGCUGCAGGGUUACCAUCCCCUUCAGACUACCCUCGCUGAACACAACGGCACACAAUGUGGGUACUGCACGCCAGGAUGGGUCAUGUCUAUGUAUUCUCUUUUGAAAAGUGAAAGCAACUUAACAAUGCUUGAUGUAGAGAGAUCCCUGUCUAGUAACCUCUGCCGCUGUACCGGCUACAGACCUAUAUUAGAAGCGUUCAAAAGAUUUGCCUGUGAUGCGUCUCAAUCGAAAGAUAUUACUGACAUUGAAGAACUGUCAUACCCCAUUAUUGAUUACCCGUGGACACUUAUCGACAUCAGUGAUGUAUCUGAACUCAAAGGGUACAUUCAUGAUCAGAAUUUAAUUGUUGGAGCUGGAACCACCCUCACGGAGUUUAUUAAAAUAUUAAAAGAAGUCUCUAAUAGAGAAUUUUUCGAAUAUCUUGAAAUUCUAGAUAAACAUAUUGACUUUGUGGCUCAUGUAGCUGUUAGAAAUCUAGGAACUAUAGCGGGAAAUUUAAUGUUAAAACAUGGACAUCGAGAGUUUCCAUCGGACAUAUUUCUUCUUCUCGAAUCAAUAGGAGCACUGAUAACUAUAAUAUCUCAAGCUGGUUUGAAAAAAACCAUCACAUUGAGCAACUUCCUUAACGAAGAUAUGAGAGGGAAAAUUAUAUUGAAUGUAAUUAUGCCGCCGCUCUGUAAAGCAUGUAAAUUAGUUACAUACAAGGUAGCGCCGCGUUCUAGAAAUGCUCAUGCAAUAGUCAACGCUGGUUUCUUCUACAAAGUGAACAAAGAUAACCGAGUAUUGACUUGUAGGAUAGUGUUCGAUGGGUUAUCGCCAAAUUUCAACCGAGCCACACAAACUGAGAAAUAUUUGGUUGGAAAAACACUUUUCAACAACGACACUUUGCAGAGCUCUUUGAAAAUAUUAUCUAACGAACUCAUAGUUACAGAUUUGUCACCAGAACCUUCUGUUAGUUUUAGAAAAAAAUUAGCACUUGGAUUGUUCUACAAGGGACUUUUAUCAUUAUGCCCAGAAAAUAUAUUAAAGUCGCAAUACAGAUCUGGUGCUGUCAAAUUACCAGAAACUCGUCCAGUGUCGACAGCUUCACAGUCGUUUACAACUGAUCCAACUGUAUGGCCGCUCAAUCAACCCUUGCCUAAGUCGGAAGCACUGAUACAGUGUGCUGGAGAAGCGAAAUAUGCAGAAGAUAUACCAAAAUUACCGAACGAAGUAUUUGCUGCGUUUGUUCUUAGUACUGUCGCUUUGGGAACGAUUGCAAGUAUCGAUGCUACUGAAGCACUACAACAAAUGGGAGUUUUGGCAUUUUAUACAGCAAAAGAUAUACCCGGAUUGAACUCUUUUACAUCGCCCGAUGUUACAGAUUUUACAACAGAUGAAGAAAUACUAUGUAGUGGAGAGGUGCAAUACUACAAUCAACCCAUAGGAAUUAUUGUUGCUGAGUCACAUUACCUGGCAAACAGAGCUGCACUCAUAGUCAAAGUAACUUAUACUAAUGUAAGAAAACCAGAAGUUGACGUAAGAGUGAACAAAAGAAAUCCACAGAAGGCUACAUUCGUGGGAUCCGCACAAGCUACCAGUAAAGGCAAUGAUGUUUCUAAAAUUAUUAAAGGCAGUCGCACAAUAAAUGGUCAAUAUCAUUUCUGUUUUGAGACAAUGAUGUGCGUAUCUUUUCCUACUGAAGAAGGAUUAAAAGUUUAUCCAACGUCUCAGUACAUAGAUGCAAAUCAGGUUCUAAUAGCUCGUUCCCUUAACAUUGAAGAAAGCAGGUAAACCAUAUGCGCGUUUGCAUUGUUGUUUUUUGUGAAUGUUUUCAACUUUGUUGUUUUUUAUUUAAUAUUUUUUUACAUAAAUCACUUUAAAAAAUUCAGAAUAGAUGUUGAAGUCCGGCGACUUGGUGGCAGUUUUGGUUCGAAGAUAUCGCGACAGAAUAUGGUGACGACAGCAUGUACUCUCGUUACCUACAAAUUAAAUCGUCCAUGCAGAUUUAUUUUACCCUUGAGAAAUCAAACGCGGGUGUUAGGCAAGAGAAUGCCUUCAUCGAGUGAUUAUGAAAUCGGAGUAAACGAAAACGGAGUGAUUCAAUAUCUCAAUUACGAUUUAUAUAAUGAUAAUGGCUUCAUAGUUAAUGAAACUCUCAUACGAUUUACACUAGAUCAAUACUUUAAUUGCUACAAACGAGAUGCGUGGGAUUAUAAAUGUUUCAAUGUCAUUACCGACACACAUUCGAACACGUGGUUUCGUUCCCCAGGUACUUUAGAAGCUAUAACAAGUACCGAAGAAAUGAUGGAGCGAAUUUCAUAUGAGCUUGGUUUAGAUCCUUUGCAAGUACGUAUGAAUAACUUGGACACAACACGAUACGGUGAUCUUGUAGAAAUGGUUAAUACUCUCAUAGUAGAUUCUAAUUAUAGGGAAAGAAGAAAUGCUGUUGACAAAUUUAACGUUGAAAACCGAUGGAAGAAACGAGGCUUAAGAUUCACUACUAUGAAGUGGUCCGUAUCAGCUCCAUUUUUCUUAAAUGUAACAUUAUCAGUAUACCAUGGUGAUGGUUCCGUGGCUAUUAAUCACGGUGGUAUAGAAUUGGGACAAGGAAUUAAUACAAAAGCCAUACAAGUAUGCGCUUAUUAUUUAAACAUACCACUAAAUAAAAUCCAUGUCAAACCAACUACGUCAAUGUUAAACCCAAACAACUCUCGCACAGCUGGAAGUUUGACGUCACAAAAUGUUCAAAUAGGUAUCGAGAAGUGUUGCAAACAAUUACUGAGCAGGUUAGAACCAAUAAAACAAAAAAUGACUAAUCCAACGUGGGAGCAACUGAUAGCCAAAGCGUUUGAGGAAGGAAUAAACCUACAGGCAAAUGGUUAUGUGGAUGGUAGUGACAUACAUGAUUUUGAUGUUUUCGGAGUUACUCUGGCUGAAGUUGAGGUAGAUACUUUGACGGGACAAUUUCAGAUUAUUAGAGUUGAUUUAUUAGAAGACGUGGGUCGUAGUAUUAACCCUGAACUCACUAUAGGGCAAAUAGAAGGUGCAUUCAUUAUGGGUACAGGAUAUUUAACAAGUGAAGAGCUUGUAUAUGAUCGGAGCUCAGGGGAACUGCAGACAGAUCGAACUUGGAAUUAUUUUGUGCCAGGAGGAACAGACAUACCACAAGACUUUAGAAUUUAUUUCAAAAAGAAAUCAUACUCAAAUGAUGCGAUUUUAGGAUCAAAAGUAAUAUCCGAACCAGCAACAUGUAUGGGAGUGGUGAUACCACUUGCAUUGCGAGAAGCUAUAACUUCAUCGAGGUUGGAAUCUGGUAUCGCCACAAAUAGUUGGUUUAAUAUAGAUGGACCUUACACCGUAGAAAAAAUUGGUUUAUCGUGUGAAACCAAAUUGGAGGAUUUUAAAUUUUAUUAGGAACUCUUAAAUUGAUUUUCUUUUGUUUGGUAAUAUUACCGAAGAAAUUAUUGCAUUUAUUGUAAAUUUUGUGCUACUUUUUAUAACCAUCCAUUAAUGGGAAGUACUUAUAAGAAUUUAGAAUAUUUAGAUGUAAUAAUAUAUUAUUAUAGAAAAAAAAAUAUAACUUUUUGCAUCUCAUUAACUUAAAAAAGACCAUGGUGUCUCAGUCUUGUCAGAAUUAUGAAUUAACAUUUCAGCCUAGAUAGUGGAGUAGGUACUAUUAUUGUCAUUUCCACUGUACAAAUACUAAUACUUUAGUAACAAAAAUAUUUAGUAAGAAAAGAGAGAGGUUUUAAUUUCAGAGUAUUGGAAACGCUGAAUGGAGUCUCCUGGGAAAUCUGUCUCUGUAAGCUGUAGUACUGCUGCUGCGUUUUGUGCUCUAGCUUGUUGGAUUUAUCUUAAUACUCACGGACUAGACUAUAAUGGCAUAAUGGAUAAUUUUGAAGUAACUUCAAGUUUCAUUGUAAAAGUUUCUAAACAAAUUGUGGAGCACUUACGGUCCGCGCUCUUUCUAUUAGUUUUAAAAUGUAGUUCUUCAAAGGCGGUUAAGCUAAUUUUCCAAAGGCCGGCAUCGCAUUAUUGUUGGGCUUCUGAUACUGCAAAUAUAAUAGGUUGGCCAUUUACAUUUGCAGUACCAGUGAUUAUUUUACAACAGGUCACAUGUCUAUUAUGUAUCUUGGAGUAGGAUUAAAAAUAUGAGACAAUUUG